AUGGUGUUAUUCGGAUACCCCUCUGGUCCCCCUGCUAUAUCACGGCCGGCCUGCCAUCCCUCUACCACUUUCUUGAGUAAUAACCAAAGUUGGUUUCUCAUGCCUAGUAUUGUACCACGAACGAAAACACAUACUCGCUUCACAGGCUUGGGAAAUGGUGGGCAUCAACAGCCUGCCCGUUUUUGUUCUCCUUGGGCUCAGCGUCGGGAGGGCGUUAUAUCCCAGGUAUGGAAGAUCCUUGUCUCCAGAAAGUCCCUUGUAUUGACCCGUCUCAGUAGCAAUCACUUCGUGUCGGCGCUCCUCCCUCGACAAGACGACUUUGUUGAUGACCUAGCCUGUGGGCCACAGUGUGAGCCAGGAGUUUGUGGGACCGGCUCUUGUGCAUUUGACUCGAUCACGCCCGAGGCCUUUCGGGAUUUCAGUCCUCAGAAUAUCUCAGAGGUCAGGCCGCCAAUCUUUGGGGGUCAUAAAUCGGGUAUAAAGUCUGGUGGAGGAAACAAGACCCUUUCUCGGCGGGUUUUUCGAUACGGCUUUACUAGCAACAAUUACAAUGGGAAAAAGCCGACCGUAGGAGAAGCAGAUUAUUACCUUCCCCAGGUCCUGCUACAUGACAGGGAGAACGAUUAUUUCGGAAAUGCUGACGGUUUUUUUGUUACUGGCUCGGAAGCCGCAGUGAUGAGCCAGAGACAAUUUGGCGACGAACCGUUUCAAUUUGGUACCAACGGUCUACAUGGCUGUACAAUGGUGACCAUUGUCUCGAGGCGGGCUGUCUGGAUGGCACAUUUCUGGGAGGUUUUCUCUCAUUCCGGGAAGUUUGGAGUCGAGCCAAAUGACAUAACGUACAUGGGUUUCCGGGAGAGGGUCCUCGAUGUAAUCAGGGAUAUCCCAGUGACCAACCCUGUUAACCCGCCAGGGGGCAAAGUGUAUGAGCCGCCUGUUGGGCCCAGGAUCGACCCCAACUUGUUCAACCGGCCUGACGACGGCACCCAGAUUCUCCUCUAUGUUCCCAACCCGAUGGGAUCCGAGGGCGUAGAAAAAGCGACACAGCGAUAUGCAAAAAGAAAUGCACAAAUGAUUGACGCGCUCAGGGAGCGCGUUGGAGGGGAUCCCGUGGUGAAAACAUUCAUCUACAAUGCCCUCUAUUAUGAUAAUCCGGCUGAUAAGGCCUUGAGUCGCACCACCCGCAGAGGGAUGGCUUUGUUCCAGUACGAUCCGAACAGCAAUAAGAGAAAAAAACGGGCGUGGAGGCUGUUGUAUGAAAAUGGCUUUUAUUCGGGGGUGAUUGAAUAA